AUGUCAUAUAAAUUUGAAAUGGAUGAGCAAAUAGAUUAACCUAAUAUUUUCAUCCAAAAAGAUCCCUUUUACAUUCACUAAGCCCCUAGCUUAAAAUUCCUUAACUAUUUUACUAAACAAGAUUUUAAAUAUGUGGGGAUGAAACCAUGCAACACAGUAUUAUUUGAAAAUGACCUUAUUGACAGUAAAAAUCAUCUCGAAGAAUUCGGAAAAAAUCUUGAUAAAUAUUUAUUGAGGGAAAAAAUGUAAAUGAAAGACUAGGAUGAAAUCGAUAUUGAGUUAACUAAGUUAUAAGAAUUUCAUUAACUCAGGUUAGACAAUUUAAAAAAGAAGUAAAAUCUUGUAAAUGCCUCACGUAACUGCGGAAAAUUUACUGAUAAUUUCAAAAAGCUAAUGGGCAAGGUCAAAUAGCAUCAAAUCAAAUUAGAACUUAAGACCACCUAUAGCUCAGAGAUUGACCUAAUUUUAAAACGGAGAUAGGAGAGUUUCGAUAAUUUCUCAGAUUUCUUGAAAAAUCUAAUGAGUUAACCUAAUUUAAUGCUUAUUUAAGAAUUACUAAAAGAAUAUAAACUUUUUGAAUUAGAUAAGCUUGAAGAUGUUAUUCGAGUUUUCAAGUAACUUAAUUUAGCAGACAAAACCAAUGAAAACCUUUGUUAACUUCUAUAAAUAAUAAUAGUAUGUAACUCAAUAAGUGAGAUGAAGUUAGAUCACAUUAGUCUGAUCAGUAAUAAGGAAUAUUUUGUAAUCAUAUUGAUAGCACUAAGUCCAAAGCAAUUCUUAUUCAAAGAGGUUUCAAUUCUAGAAAUAUUAAAAAUUUAUCCGGAGUUAGAAAAAAUCAUAGUUGGGCUUCAUAAUAAAUCUCUUAAGAUUUUAUAAUUUUUCACAAAAGCCUGCAUUGAUUAAGGAUUAUAAUAAAUUGUCACUGAAUAAUUGGGAGUCAUGCUCAAUAAAAUGAUUACUGACAAAAAGUCUUCAUAAAUAUGCAGGUUGAGUGCAUAUCUAAGUACAAUACUUGAAAAUACUCCGUUAGAAUAUUUGAAAUCGAUUAAGCCUAUUACUUAGUUUGUGAAAGAGUAGCUACUGGAGGAUAUGAAGAAACUAUCACAUGAACCAAAAGAUUGUGAAGUAUGUAAAAUAGGGAAAAUUAAAUUCAUUGAGAAGUUAGAGAGUUUUUUGUGA